CAAUACAAACAUGAUUGCAGAUAUCCAUGGGAAGCCCAGCCCACAGAGCCCAAUUCAGCUUGGGGUGAGCCAGACCUCAGGCAUGGGGAUAUAAUGGUGUGAUGAACCUUUCUUCUAGAGUUUCCAUAGCUCUCCUGAUGAAAAGCUGCCGGUUUGGGAUAUUGUGAGAGCCUGUCUCAUUGCUCUUUGAGAAGUAAUUUAAAUUCUUCUGUCACAUUUUCUGUUCAGUUUUUAUUCAUACCUUCUGGUCUUAGAGGAACCUGAAGCCAGAGAAAUAAGACAAAAAGGAACCUCUUUCUGGAGCUGUUGAAGAGAAAAGGAGCAAUUAUGUCCACGAUUGCAGCUUUCUAUGGCGGCAAGUCCAUCCUCAUCACGGGGGCCACGGGCUUCAUGGGCAAAGUGCUCAUGGAGAAGCUGUUUCGCACCAGUCCUGACUUGAAAGUCAUUUACAUCCUUGUGAGGCCCAAGGCUGGCCAGACACUCCAGCAGAGGGUAUUCCAGAUCCUAAACAGUAAGCUAUUUGAGAAAGUCAAAGAAGUCUGCCCAAACGUGCAUGAGAAGAUCAGAGCUAUUUAUGCAGAUCUCAACCAGAAUGACUUUGCCAUCAGCAAGGAGGACAUGCAGGAGCUUAUCACCUGCACAAAUGUUGUCUUCCACUGUGCAGCCACCGUACGCUUUGAUGACCCUCUGAGACAUGCCGUGCAGCUUAACGUCACAGCCACCCAGCAGCUCUUGCUUAUGGCUAGUCAGAUGCCAAAGCUCGAAGCUUUCAUACACAUCUCGACUGCCUUUUCCAAUUGUAACCUGAAGCAUAUCGAUGAAGUGAUCUAUCCAUGCCCUGUGGAGCCCAAAAAAAUCAUUGACUCCAUGGAAUGGUUAGACGAUGCUAUUAUUGACGAGAUCACACCCAAGCUGAUUGGAGAUCGGCCCAAUACUUACACCUACACCAAGGCCUUAGGAGAGAUGGUGGUGCAGCAAGAGAGCGGGAACCUGAACAUAGCCAUCAUAAGACCCUCCAUUGUGGGAGCAACCUGGCAGGAGCCUUUCCCGGGUUGGGUUGAUAAUCUAAAUGGACCUAGCGGGCUCAUUAUUGCGGCUGGGAAAGGGUUUCUUCGGGCCAUAAAAGCUACGCCAAAGGCUGUGGCAGAUUUAAUUCCGGUUGAUACAGUCGUCAAUCUCACCCUAGCAGUAGGAUGGUACACUGCAGUUCACAGACCAAAAUCAACGCUAGUCUACCACUGUACAUCUGGUAAUCUCAAUCCCUGUAAUUGGGGCAAAAUGGGAUUCCAAGUCUUGGCCAGCUUUGAAAAAAUCCCAUUUGAGAGAGCUUUCAGGAGGCCAUAUGCUGACUUCACAACCAACAACUUCACAACCCAGUACUGGAAUGCGGUCAGCCACCGGGCUCCUGCCAUCAUCUAUGACUUCUAUCUACGGCUCACAGGACGGAAACCCAGGAUGACAAAGCUCAUGAAUCGCCUUUUAAGGACCGUUUCCAUGCUGGAGUAUUUCAUCAACCGGAGUUGGGAGUGGAGCACGUACAAUACAGAAAUGCUGAUGUCCGAGCUGAGUCCCGAGGACCAGAGAGUAUUCAACUUUGAUGUGCGCCAGUUGAACUGGUUGGAAUACAUUGAAAAUUACGUUUUGGGAGUUAAAAAGUACUUAUUGAAAGAGGAUAUGGCUGGGAUCCCAGAAGCAAAGCAACACUUAAAAAGGCUCCGAAACAUUCACUACCUCUUUAAUACUGCCCUCUUCCUUAUCGCCUGGCGCCUUCUCAUUGCAAGAUCUCAGAUGGCUCGGAAUGUCUGGUUCUUCAUCGUGAACUUCUGUUACAAAUUCCUCUCCUACUUUAGGGCAUCCAGCACGCUCAAGGUCUAAGAACAUUCGGCAAUCACCUUUUAUCUGGAACCUCUCAGAUACCUCUAAAACAGCAAACUGUGGUUCUCAAGAUUAGGAAGUGACAAGGAAUAUGCCCAAGCUGUCAGAUAUUACAUGUGCUAUUAUGUAUUCAUCCCUGUUCCUUAACUAUAUUUUUUAUUUCAGUGAAGGAAGUUGAAAACCAGCCUAUAACCACACAUAUUUUAGGAAAAAAAAAUCCAAAUUGUGUCCUAAUAUUCUAUACCCUUGCAUAUUAAACAUGAAAGUAAUCCUACCUUUCUAUAUUUAGCUUUUCUUUUCUCCUUGAGAAGCUUAAAUUAGACUCCAUAAACAUGGAAAAACACAUGGCAGAAGCUAACACAAGCUAAAGAAAGACAGUACUGACCUUGGAAUCAUUCUGUGGUAGCCAGUAGAGAGAUGUAAAAUUAAGAUGAGGAAGAAUAGUCUCAAUAUUCUCACAAAUGCUAUAAAAUAAAUAAUUCCCCACUGAAAAUCUCUCUCCUCCUUUUCCACGUUAUACUUGAGAGUCCUGGUUGAGGGGUGAAGGAAUUAGAAAAGUGGGUUCAUAUUUAACAAUUUUCUUAAUUAUAUCAACUUCUUAAAAGAAGUAUAAAUAGGUAUACACAGAAUGAGGGAUUAAGCACAUUUGCAUUGGGGACUCUAGUGUAUUAUGCAUUUAAGUCAAAAUUACUAGCUUCUCAAAUUUAAAUAUGACGGCUAUUAUUUCUCAAUUUUUAGUCAUCAAAUUUCCUGAUAACCUUCUCUCAAGAGUUUUCUUCUUUUUCAUUAAAGUUGCCAAACCCCUUAUAUUUAAGCUUGUUUUCACUUAAGACUCAAUUAGAGUGGCUAACAUGAAGAAGGCCCCAGAUUAGAAUCAUGUAAAAAAACAAAACAAAAAAAACUCAGUCACCUGAUCUUUGCUAUUGAAGCAAGCAAAAUUUUAAAUAACAUUUUAAAUUCUAGUUUUAGUCUUCUUGUAUAAAGUGGGGAAAAUUACACUUCUGUGAUCACCAGAGGAUUUAUUAGUAUCUUGAUCAUUUCAAUUACACAACGUUAACUGUACAACGUACAGCAAAAUUAACAGACUUCAUUAGUGACUCCAAGUUUAGAGAAUAGGUCUUUUGGCUUAAUUUUAUGUACAAUGCAAACUAACUAGUAAAAACUAUAUUCCCAAAUUCCUAAACUAAUGAUGUAACUGUUAUCCCAGUUUUCCUCAUAUUUGAGAGAUGAGUGCAUGUUGUAUUGCAGCAUUUCUUCAUGGUAAAAAACAUGGAUUAUUAUCCUAAUAUAGUAUUUGGGGCCCAACCAGCUAAAAAUAAUCACCACACAACUACUUGAAAAUUACACAGGCAUAAAAUGUUAACAAAUGGUGGCAGUUAUAUUCAUGUUCACUUUCUGGAAUAAUAAUAUUCAGAAAGGCACAUUCAGGUAGUUUAAGUGUGCAAGGCCUUAGGGCAGUAUCUCGCCUAGUAUUACUUGAGAUUCUCUUGAGCUCCAUAAAGGGCAUUUUUGGGGGAACUCUUCCAGGCAGUGUCUUUCCAAUCUUACCUAAAUUCUGGGAACUACUUUCCAAAGGCAGAUAACCCAGCACUGAAACAAAGCAUCCAAUGAUUAUUACUUGCGAUGUCUAUAUGAAGCUUUUGAGUUAUAUCUAUUAAGAUACAAACUACAGAUAUGAUAAAAACAUGAAAUCAAGAUACAGUUCAGUGGGACUGGACAAUUGAAAACUCCCAAAUACCCCGCCAUGACGACCUGCAAAAUACAGUUCUUAGAAUUCACUUUUGAUUGUAUGUUUCACCAAUUCAGUAACUCCACUAAUCAAGUUUUCACAUUUUGACUUUUGAUUAAAUAAAAACUUGAAUUAAAUUUC